UGUGUAUACAUUCGACUUUAUGGAAACAGAUACGACACACGAUGGUAAUAAGAUAGGAAGAAACAUCACCUAUAUGAAUGAAUAUUUUGAGCAAUUUAUAUCUACCAAUGACUCCAGGCCGUUUUUCCUGUACAUGGCAUUCCAUGACACACAUCGCUGUAACGUUCCGGAUGUUUAUGGAGAAUUUUGUGAGAAAUUUGGAGAUCCGAGUAAAAGUAAUGGAACGAUCCCUGAUUGGACACCAGAUUACUAUGAUCCAAUGAAAGUGGCCCUUGAACCUUAUAUUCCGGAUAAUUCAAUUGCGAGACAAGAUCUGGCCAAUCUUUAUACAGUAACUGGACGAUUAGAUCAAGGUGUGGGUUUGUUUAUGAGAACUUUAGAGAAGUAUAAUUUACUAGAUAACACAUUAAUUAUCUAUACAUCUGAUAACGGUAUACCAUUUCCUGGUGCUAAAACUAAUCUCUACGACCAUGGUAUGAUUGAACCAUUUAUUAUCUCAUCACCAGACAGUAAACAGAACUGGGGAAAGACUUCCAACGCCUUGGCCAGCACUACGGAUAUUGUACCCACAAUAUUAGACUGGUUUGAUGUUCAAUAUCCAAAUUGGUCUUUAUUCGACACUCAAGUAAAAUUGACUGGACGGUCACUGCUACCAGCUCUGUCUAAUGUUGACGUCACUGGCUUUGAUCACGUGUUUGCUAGUCAUAACCUGCACGAGGUCACCAUGUAUUAUCCAAUGAGAGUUAUCAGAACAAAAGACAUACGCCUGAUUCACAAUUUAAAUUAUUUUGCUCCGUAUCCAAUGGCCCUAGAUAUUUUCGAUUCUCCAACAUUCCGAAAGCUUUUAAAUGAUACACACAGGGGUCAGUCAACUGGUUGGAUUAAAUCACUAAAAGAUUAUUAUUAUCGCGCUGAAUUUGAAAUGUUUAAUGUAACCGCCGAUCCCAACGAGCUGGUAAAUUUAGCCUAUAAUCCAAUGUAUUCCAGUGUUUUUGGUGAUUUAAAAGCCAGAUUGAAUGCGUGGCAGAACGAGACUAAUGAUAUAUGGCGAUGUGAGCCACGUGGUGUUCUCGUAACGGAUGGAACCUGUAUAUCAGCAGAAAAUAUAUUUGACAAUUAAAUACGAAAAUGACCUUAAAGGUUUGUUACUUGUCCACCCUUACAGUCUAAGCAUUUACAGGUUACGCAUGUUUCAUUUCCUCUGAAUUCCGAAUUUGCAGUCCAUAAUAGCUGACCUAUAUUAUUUCAAGUUUCUCAAUCAUACCAACCUUGGAUCUCCUUUAAAAUUUGGUAGAUUUUACAUCAUUAUUUCAAGGACUAGAACA